AUGGUGGUGGAUAAGGACACUAAUGAACACUGGUGGAUGGUAGGAAUCUAUGCAAGUACGGAGGACAGUAUAAGAAAGCAACAAUGGAAGGCUAUAGAGGAAAAAAAGAGGGAAUGGGGUGAUAAAUGGGUGCUAGUGGAUGACUUUAAUGACAUUUGCUCUAGAGGGGAGAAAUGGGGAGGGAGAGAAAGGUCGGAGGGGAGUUUUAGGGAUUUUAAUAGCUUUAUUUCUAGGAAUGAACUAGUGGAUAUAGGAUAUGAGAGAGUACCUUGGACCUGGAGCAACACAUGGGAGGGGAAGGGGGACACAAACCCGGUGCAAAAGAGAGUGAAAAGGAGGUUCUAUUUUGACCAACGAUGGGCAAAAGACAAUACAUCUGAUGUAGUCAUAAAGAAAGCGUGGGGAAAAGAUCAACAUGGUUCUCGAAUGUUUAAGGUGGUAAGGAGAAUAAAAGAGUGCAGAAUUGCAUUUAUCGAAUGGAAUAGAACAGUUAAAGGCAAUACAAGGGCAGUAAUUCAGGAGUUGAAGGGGCACCUGAAAGCAUUAAGGGAGAAAGAAGAGUUGAGUGACAAGGGAGCCAUUGCAAACCUGAAGCUACAAUUAAGCAAGGCACAUAAGGAUGAAGAGCUUUACUGGAGUCAGAAAUCAAGAAGUAGGUGGCUCAAAGAGGGGGACAAAAAUACAGCCUACUUUCACUUAAGUGUCAUGGCAAAAAGGAAAAGGAAUAGGAUUAACAUGCUACAAAAGGCGAAUGGAGAGUGGUGUAGGGGCGAACAGGAAGUGGUAGAGGAACUGAACAAGCAUUAUAAGGAUCUCUUCACCUCCACGGAACCUAUUGAGUUUGAUGAUGUGCUACAAGACAUACCUCGCACUAUUUCUCAUCUUAUGAACGAGCAGUUGAUUAAACCAGUGGACGAGAAGGAGAUUAAACACGCUACUUUUUCCAUGUUUCCUAACACAGUCCCUGGAGUUGAUGGGAGACAAAUCUUAGACAAUGUCAUGAUUGCACAUGAAAUCUUACAUUUCUUGAAAAACAAGAGAACUGGAAAAGUAGGCUUCAUGACCAUUAAGCUAGAUAUGUCCAAAGCUUAUGAUAGAGUGGAGUGGAAAUAUUUGGGCAGAAUUAUGAUGCACAUGGGUUUUUGUCCUAUCUUUGUUCAAUGGAUCAUGGCUUGUAUUUCCUCUGUCUCCUAUUCCUUUAACUUGAAUGGACAAAAGGUUGGAUUCAUAAAGCCUGCCAGAGGUAUUCGUCAAGGAGACCCCUUAUCUCCAUACUUGUUCAUCUUGUACACUAAAGGCUUUUCUAAUUUAAUCACGAAAGCUGUGGAUAGAAAGAUACUAACUGGUAUCAAAGUCAGUAAAGACAGCCCCACGGUGUCACAUUUAUUUUUUGCAGAUGACUCACUCUUGUGUUGCAAAGCAAGUAAGAAGGAAGCUCUGAAGAUAAAGAACAUUAUCCAACAAUACGGCCAAGCAUCUGGACAGGUUGUGAACUUUGAAAAAUCUGCCAUGUUUUUUGCUAAAAAUACUCCCAUUCGGAUUAGAAAGGAGGUGAGUAAGGUGCUGGAUAACAUGAGGGAGGCUCAAAGUGGUAAAUAUCUAGGCCUUCCUAUGACCAUAGGAAGAGCUAAGAAACAGGUGUUUGGGUAUCUGAAAGACAAAAUCAAUAGCAAGUUGCAAGGGUGGAAACACAAGAUGCUCAGUCAAUGGGGUAAAGAGGAUGACAUCAAUUUUUCUUAG